GAUAACGUACACCAAAUUCACCCUGGAGAACACACAGCAGCAUGUCUUCAGAGUUGCCUACGCGGAGGUGGAGUUGGGCAGCCUCUGACUUCAAGGAGACUAUAAUAAAUGACAUAGACUUCUUGGGGCAAAAUCUUGAAUCUGAGGUAGCCCUUGAACUCGCAGGAUUUAAAGACCAGGCUAGAAAUAGCCAGGAUCAUAAUUUUCAACUGAGUUUUCAGAUUAACCAGCUAGAGGAAGCAAAUUAUACAUUAGAGAAGCAAAUCCAUGGCUUAUUGCAAAGUAAAGAUGAUGUAUCUCGCCAAGUGAAGAAAUUAACAAAUAAGAACCAGGAACUCUCCAAGGAACUUAAUGAAAUAGAUCGUUUAGCUGAGAAGCUUGAAAAAGAUAAGGAAUUAGCACUUACUGUUGCAUGUAAUGAAAUAAAAAUAGCUGAGAUUGAAAUUGAAAAGCAAGAGAGGGACAUUGUUGUGUUGGAGCAAGCCAUCGUAAAACUCAGAUCAGACACAGCAAAAUCCAAGCGGCAACUCGAGGAAAUUAGAGCAGAAUUACAGGCGAAGACUGAAGGGUGCAAUGGGCCGUUAACCCAGUUUGAGAAUUGUCAACAAAAUAGAGCAGAGAUUGCUUUUGAUAAAGAUUUAGAUUUUUAUCAAGAAUCUGAAGAUACAGAAACUCAGCUCCGUACAUAUGAGCAAAAUAAAUCUCCUUUUCUGUUGGAUGCAUUUGUGAAGAAUAUCGCACAGGAAAGAGAUUUUUAUAAAUCUGAGGUAGAAUACUUAUUAAAAAUGUUGAGAAGCAAACCUUCAGGCCAAGGCAAUUCAUCCAGAGGACGUAGUCCACUCCGUUCAUCUCCUGUGAAGGGAGGUAGCUAUGAGUCUGAGCUCAUAUGCGUAAUUAAAGAGCGUGAUGAUCUUCAAGCCAUGGUAAUCAAAUAUGAAAGGCACUUGGCAGAAGUCCAGGCAAAUGUCAAAGUUUUAUCUGCAGAAAGAGACCAAAGCAAACUCCUCUACGAGCAGGCUCAGGAGGAACUCACGAGAUUGCGAAGAGAUGCAAUGAAGUCACCAAGAACUCAGAAAAACAGUUUGACAGCACAAGAUAUUCUGCGCCGCUUGGAAUGUGAGCGCGAUGAAGCUGUUGCAGACUUGAGGAGAAUGACCACAGAACGUGACAGUCUGAGAGAACGAUUAAAGAUUUCCCAGGAGACUGCAAUUAAUGAGAGAGCGCAUCUGGAGCAAAGAAUAGAAGACUUGAAGGCUUCUAUGCAUACAUUGGAAAAUGAAAGAUUGGAACAUCGAUCAAGGCUGACUUGUCUAAAAGAUAGUGUAACCUCCCUGGAGGAAGAAGUCAAAAUAUUGGCUAGAAAGUCAUCUGACACUGAAGAUGAGCUGUGUAGACAGAGAGCAGAAAACAACCAGAUCAGGUUAUUAAUGGACCAGUCAGAAGACACUCUUGCUGAAACCCAGAGACGCCUUUCGUUAAAAAGUACUGAUUUACAACUUGCACAGGAUAAAAAUGUCCGCCAAUGCGAAAAGAUAGAUGAUCUGAGUAGGCAGGUUGCUUCGCUUCAAGAAGAAGUUGGCGCAGUUCGAUCCAAUAUCUAUGAACUUGAUAAACAAAAGAACAGUUUGCAAGAACUUGUCGAUGAAAAGACUGAAGCAAUUGCUUCUCUGGAAGAAAGCCUUCACCAAAAAAAAAAGAACAUUGCAGAUAACCAACUGAACAUAAGUGAACUGGAAGCAACUGUUGACCAGUUGAAUGAGUCUAUCAACAAUAAAGAAACUGACAUUUCCAAUCUUCAGCGGCAAUACGAAUCCAUCAACGCUGAACUAUCAGAGUUAGGCCAGUUAAGAGAAAAUGCUGUUCGUGAAAAUAACCACCUGCAUGAACAGCUGUCAAAAAUAAAAUAUGACAAUCAGGCAGCAAACCGGAAACUGGAAGAAUCUAUACAAGAGAAUAAAGAUUUGAAACUCAAAAUCCAGGAUUAUAUUACUGAGAUCUCCAAGGUGGAGAAUAUGCUUAGUGGUAAGGAAAAUGAAAAUUUUAAUCUGCUGGAGCAAGUUCGUAGAUCAAAUGUACAAACGGAGACUUGGGAACUGAAGGCACGCCAAAUAGAAGGAGAGUUCAAUUCCAUUCAGCUGGAGCUUGUUACAGCUAAAUCUGACAACCGCAGGCUGUGUGAAAAACUUGGCUCACUUGAAAAAGAAGUUGAGGAGCAAGAGGCUGCAAGAAACGCUUACAAGGCCCAGGUUUGCUCACUCAAUAAGUUGAUAAUGAAGCUGGAAGAAGAACUUAGGCUGAUUCAGAGUGAAAAGACAGCAGCCCUCACUGACCUCUCAUCCACUCAAGAGCUUUGCCUUAAGUUGGACUCGAACAAAGAGAUGAUGAUGAGGCAGGUUGCCAACAAAAACAAGGAGAUGGAGCAGAUUCUAAGUGAACUUGAAUCAGCCCGGUCUGAAAUAGAGCUGUUACGAAAUCAGCUUUCAAGUGAGAGAACUUCAAUAAAAAAUCUGGAAUCGUUGUUGGCAUCUAAUCGGGAGAAAAAGUUCCAAAGCCAAAUGGUCACACAAGAGAAAGAGACUGAAAUUCAGCUCUUCAAAGAUAAGCUUUCCUUGGCUGAAAGCAAACUGGCUUCUCAAUCCCGUGAAAUUUCUCAGCUGAGGAGCAAGACAGCUAUGCUUGAAACAGAAUUAGAUAUGGCAAAGAGACAGUUGGGUACUGAACGAUUUGAAAGGGAAUGCGCAGUUCAAGAACUUCGCCGACAUGGCCCCUCUUACCGCACAACUUCACCACCUCAACCUUCCUUAAGUCCAGGUUCACAUUCACCUGAGCGUUCCAGCCGGCGAUCUCCUGAUUGUUCCCUAAAUAGAUCACUGAACAGAUCCACAAGCUGUAGCUACUCUUCAAAAAAAAAGUUUUCUUCUGCAAUGAGCUCAAGGCAGUGAAUGUUGAUGGGUGUUUGAAUGUGGAAGCCAAGGCAGGGCAUCUUCUCUGAAGGAGUUUUGACGUUAGCGAAGGUUUAUCUCCAUAAUCAUUUGGAAAGGAGAAUGAACCUUUGACACUUUCAAGAAGAACAUUCCACAUUUCAGUACAAUUGAAUUCUGUAUUAUCGAUUUUGUUUGAACGUGUUAAUGAAGUACCCAUACUUUCACGUUAUAUGCCAGAGAAAUUUACUUUGUCUACUGCAUUUGGUUUUCCUUCUUAGGGAUUUUUUAAAAUGCAAAGAGAAGCAACUUUUCAAAAGGGUUUCAUUCAUUAAUCACAUAAUCUAUAGACAUUUCUCUGUCUUCUUGCAUUGUAGCUCAACUUUGUAAGUGAAUAUCAUUAACUGAACUUGAACACAAGCUGUCAAAAGUUGCAAAUAAAUCCAUUGAACCAAGGAAAACCUUGUACACUGUUUCUAUUGUUAAUGUUAUGAGCAAACGAAAAAACCUUUAUAAACCAGUUUUUAAAAACCUAAUUAAUUGUACCACUAACUUUUAAAUUUAACUGUAGAUAUUAAUUAGAUAAUCCUGUGUACAUUCAAUAAUCUAAUAUGAUUUCCAAAGCAAAAUAUGUGGUAGAACAUUAUAGAGGCCAUUUCCUUCACUGUUUCCUUAUUAAGCAAAUGAAUAUAUUUAAUACACUUUAGCAUAUUAUAUAUUCUGCAUAUAACCCAUUACUUUUAGACUCCAAUGAAAGAAUUGGUGCAAAAUAAGAGCUGGCUUGGCUCCCUGAUAUAACUAGUAUUAAAUUUGUUCAAGAAAACACAGCUGAAAAAUCCUGUUUCAGUUCUAUUGUAGAACCAAUACAAUCUACUAAUGUAUCACUCAUUGACACUAAGUUACAUGGCUAGUCAAAGAGCUCAAUGAUGAGAGUAGUGGAAAAUGGAAAAUCUAGUACUGCUAUAGUGGUUGGGAAAUCUCUGUAUUCGAGCGUUAUUUGAAAUAAUUUUCAAUAGUCCAGAAAAUCAAAGUCAAAUGCCAAAGCCCCCCAAGUAUGCCAGAUUAUAGGUAUUACGCAUGUGAAUUUACAAAGAGAGGUACCAAGUGACUAACUCAAGAAUAAAUAAAGAGAAGCUGCUGGAAGCAAAUUAUACUCAUUAUAUAUAUAAGGCUAUAACAGCUUUGGCAAUGUUCCAGAUUGAAGAAAGUAAUAACAAAGGAGAAGUAAUGUAACACCCAGUGUAGCUGGGAAAUUGCAUUUUAACAAUGGUUUCAUGUGGUCAUCAAUAGACCUUGAUAACCAGCUGUUGGUGUGUGUUCCCUACUGAAUGUAUAACAAGUAUUUAUCUGUCUAGUGUUGUACACAGAUGCUUUUUUCCUGACUUAUCUUGAUCUUUCCAUGAAAAAUAGAACUCCACUUGGUUAUGGUAGACAUAUGAAAUGAAAAGAAGAAUGGGUGCCUACAAGUGAAUUAUAGGUAUCCAAACCUGUUACAGUGAUGUGGCAUUAAAACAUUUGUAUGAUUUUCAGGUACUUAGAACUUUGUUAUUGAAUUAGCUCCUUGAAAGUUGCAUUCAAAUGGUUUUUUUUUAAGUAGCAUAGACUAUUUUUUAGCUUUCUCAUGGCAGAUUUAAAUUAUCAGUAUUGGAUAUGAAUCUUUUGCAAGUGCCAAUUGCCUUGAAUUAUUAUUUCAUAAUUAUUAAAGAAAGACACAAAAUGCUGGAGUAACGCAACAGGUCAGGCAACAUUUCUGGAGAGUACAAUGGGUGACGUUUUGGGCCGGGACCCUUCACACUGAUUGCAGGAGGGUGGGGGUGGGAACGAAAGCUGGAAGAGAGCAGGGAAGGGGCAGAGCAACAUUACCACCGUUUUCAACGAGUAUCAUUCAAGGACAUUUCAAUACGAAACAAUAUCUGGCCAUUGAAGAAAACUACAGUAAUUAACUGAAAUGAUCUCUUGGAGACAGUAUAAUUAAUGGGGUGUGAAAUCAUGGAAUAUUGCAACAUGUUAAUCUGUCAAAUUUAAAAUAUUUUGUAGGUACACAAAA